AUGUCUAUAGAAUCUGAUUUGCAGAGAAGGCUGGAUGAGAAUAUCAAAAGUGAAGCUGAUGAAUCAACGAAAGAAGAAUGCCCUCACAUAAAUGCUGUAGAAUGUCACGACCAAAAUGUUCAAGAAAUGAGCAUCAUUAUAUCACUAGUUAAGAAUAUGAAUGAUAUGAAAUCGAUUAUAAGUAUUUUCACGGAUAGAAAUGUCAAUAUUCUUCACAUUGAAAGCAGAUUAGGAAGAUUGAACGUGAAAAAGCAGAGGAAAAAUCUAGAAUUUGAACCACUGGAGUUAUUAAUUCAUGCUGAAGUUCCAUGUAUAGAAUCUGAGAGCCUGUUGGAAGAACUGAAGUCUUUCUCAUCUUAUCGUAUUGUUCAAAACCCUCCAAUGAACUUAGCUGAGGCAAAGAACCCAACUGUAAACGAUAAAGUACCUUGGUUCCCAAGACACAUUUCUGACUUAGAUAAAGUCUCAAAUAGUGUUCUGAUGUAUGGAAAGGAAUUAGAUGCAGAUCAUCCGGGUUUCAAAGACAAGGAAUACAGAAAACGUCGAAUGAUGUUUGCUGACAUCGCUUUAAAGUAUAAAUGGGGUCAACAGAUACCUAUUAUUGAAUAUACAGAAACCGAAAAAACGACCUGGGGACGUAUAUACCGUGAACUAACUCGCCUGUAUAAAACUUCGGCUUGUCAUGAAUUUCAAAGAAAUUUAGCAUUACUACAAGAUAAAGCUGGAUACAACGAAUUCGACCUACCUCAGUUACAAGUGGUAUCAGACUUUUUGAAAGCACGGACAGGAUUUUGUCUCCGACCAGUUGCAGGCUAUCUGUCUGCACGUGAUUUCCUGUCAGGUUUGGCAUUUCGCGUAUUCUAUUGCACUCAGUAUAUACGCCACCAGGCUGAUCCAUUUUAUACACCAGAACCUGACUGCUGCCAUGAGCUGUUGGGUCAUGUACCUAUGUUAGCUGAUCCAAAGUUUGCACGAUUUUCACAAGAGAUUGGCUUGGCUUCUUUGGGUACAAGUGACGAAGAAAUAAAGAAAUUAGCCACUUGCUACUUCUUCACUAUUGAAUUUGGUCUCUGUCGACAAGAUAACCAACUGAAAGCUUAUGGUGCCGGUUUGCUCUCAUCUGUUGCUGAACUACAGCAUGCUUUAAGUGACAAAGCUGUGAUUAAACCAUUCAUACCAAUGAAGGUUAUUAACGAAGAAUGCCUUGUUACAACUUUUCAAAACGGAUAUUUCGAAACUUCUUCGUUUGAAGAUGCAACACGUCAAAUGAGAGAAUUUGUACGCACUAUUAAGCGACCAUUCGAUGUUCAUUAUAACCCUUACACACAAAGCAUUGAAAUAAUAAAAACUCCCAAAUCAGUGGCGAAGCUUGUUCAAGAUUUACAAUUUGAACUCACUGCAAUCAACGAAAGCCUUCUUAAAAUAAAUAGAGAAGUUAAAAGUCAACUAUUCACAACUAAUAAAAUCGCAACCGAGGACCGAUCAAGCUAG